GGGACAUAAUCUUGUAAUGAAAAGGCGAACAGUGUUCAUAUUUCGACAUCUUUCUCGUUAUGGAAAUCGACUGCUGUCAUGCACAGGCGUAGUCGCAGUGGUGGGUGUCCACUCAAUUAACAGGGGACCUAGAUCGCGUAAUCCAAGCGCGUCUUCAACCCCCACCAUGUUAAAGAUGCAGCUGCAUUCUAAGCAAUGUGGUGCAAAGAUGCUGUUGUGAGGUAAUCGACAUUCUGAAUACCUUCAAUUCAACUGCCUCACACAAUGUCCCGCCGUCUAUUCAACCGUGGUGGCCGUACGGCUGCUGCAUCGGCCAACGCCUCAACCACCACUACUAUUAUAUCCCUGCCUGACUACGAGCCGCUUUCUUUCCCUCUAUCCAGCACUGCUCGGCGGGAGCUGAUCGAGCUUUCAAACAAUCGCGGCGCUGCACCUUAUGAGGCUCAGUUAAAGGACUCUAUCCGCCAUCUUGGCCUCAGCGUGAGCGAUCUGAACGAACGUCUGCGCAGAGGCCAAGAUCGACUGGCUACAGUCUCCGAGCGCCGAAAAGAGAAGGACACGGACAAGACAGCCGAAGAGGAACGCCUCGAACAGCAGAUGCCCGAGUUCGAAAACGACGUCGAAAAGUUAACACGCGAAGCAGAGCGUGCGCUCAGAGAGACCAUCGAUCGAAAAGCCGAGUUGGAAGACGAGGCUUCCGUCUUGGAGGACCUGAGUACCACUGCGACGACAAAUUCAAUAGCUCAAACAAGAGGUGCGGCUGCGACACAGAGCCGACGAAGACGGGCCAAUGAAGUCAGCAGCGAUGAAGAAGAAGGCGCCGCCACCGAUGAAGGCAAUGAAGGCGACCAGGAGCCUGUGACCAGCAUCGUCGAUAUCUUUCGUGAGCUCCGUGCGAAGAAGAGGGCGGAAUAUAACGGCCUCAGCGUCCACCAGCGCUACGGCCUCAAUAAUGACUAUGUCGGCUUCAAGAAGCUGUGGCACGAAGCUGCGGCGGGCGAAGACGGCCCUCCCUUGCCAGAUGCUUCACGAUGGUUCGACUCCAAUGGCGAGCCCGACAUGACAAUCCCCAGCCGUGAUGCACAAAACGGUUCUUUUGACGAUGACGAAGAAGUGGCUGUCUCGCGAGAGAACAUUAGUCUCAACUGUCCCUUGACUCUCCUCCCCAUGAAUGAGCCUUACAGGAGCCGCAAAUGCCCACACGUAUUUGAGAAAGCUGCCAUUUUGGAUUACUUGCCUCUCCGCGGCGAGCUUCAGUGUCCCCAAACGGGCUGUUCUCAGAAAUUUUCUCGGGUUCGCUUUGAAGACGAGUUCUAUUUAGACGAAGCUAUGAAGAGGAGAAUUCAGCGCUGGAGGCAAGCUGAGCAAAAUCGCCAGGAUAUGGACGACGAAGAAGAUGAUGAUCCUGACGAGUCCCUUCUUGUGGGCAGCCAACGACAGGCAAGAGGAGGUGGGGGUAGAGGAGUCAAGAGAGAGGCGAAGCGGGAAAUCUCAUGAUGCUGCGUCUACUGGUCUACUGCUAUGAAUAUUAUAGAAAAUGAUACCCAUUAAUGAAUUAAAUCACGAGCCCAGCUUAAAGCUUUUUGAGUAACUGAAUGCUUUCUUCUUCUUCUUCUUCUUCUUCUUUCAGCUUCUAUCCAGAUAUUGUACAGUGACUU